UUGCAAAACCCCAUCAAAACCCUGAAUUGCUUUCUUCUUCACAAAUCGACUUUUUCACAGAGAAGAACAAACAUGGCCGCCAUUGCUGCUAGAUCACUCCUACGUUCCGCGCGUUUGGGAAGCACAAGAUUCGCCAAACCCACCAAGUCCCCUUCUUCCCCUUUUCAUCUCCCCAAACAAAAACCCCCCUCUUCAUUCAUUUCAAGGAUGCCAGUUGAGAUGAGUUGUGCUAUGGAUUCGAUGUUACCGUUUCAUACAGCUACAGCUUCUGCGUUGCUCACUUCGAAGCUUUCUGUCACUCCCAGGAUCAAUUGGGCCAUUGAUGAUGAUUGAUUGUGACUCUGUGAGUUGUGGGGAUGUGCUGCAUCUGGAGUAUGUUACAACUUACAAGUAUAAGAAGUGAAUAGAAUUGGUCCCUUGAGUUAAGAACACAAAUUUCUUAUAUGUUUCUACUAGCAUAUAAGUAGUAUGUUGAAGGCUAGGGAAAUGUUCCUGACAAAAAAUAAGGCUAGGGAAAUGUUUACACCGGAGAAAGAGCAAUUCAGAUGUUUUAUUUGGUUUGAAUAGAAUGCAGUGAAGUAGCUAAUUCUCUACAAAUUUCUCACUCAUAUUAGUCAUCAACUUUAUCGAUUACAAGUGAAUACACUGGUGACAGUUUAUAUAGUGCAA